AGUAGCAGCGGCGGCGGCGGCGGCAGCAGCAGCAUCCCCUCCUGAGUUCCCGCCUCCGUCCCCGCCCGGCACGAAGCAGCAGAAGGAGGAGGAGGAGGGAGGGAGAGAGGAAGCUGCAGUGCGUGGGGAGCAGCCACAGCGGCGGAAUAAAGCGAGUUUUGUCCUUCCUGCCCCUGCGAGAGCCUGGCUGGCAGCAGCGCUAUGGCCGCGGCACCCCCCAGGCCAAAGGCGGGCUGCGGAGCGGCAACAGCAGCAGCAGGAGGAGUAGACGCCCAGCAGCAGUGACCAGCCUCCUGGCCUGCCUGCCUGCCUUCCCACCCCCGGCUCUCCGUCCAGGCCGCGUUUCUAAGCUUCGGCGGCGCCCGUGUGGACAGCCAGGUGGCCGCUGCGCCUCGUCGCCCCUCUCCUUGCCCUCCACGUUGCGGGGGCGGCACCGCCAUGUGGGGGAAGCUCCUCUCCGAGCUUGGGCAGGACGGCGACUACAGAGCAGGCCCAGAAUAUUCCUCGUCGGGAUGGUUACCUGGAACUGAUUCAUUGUGGCAAGCCACAACCGGUCCAUCGAGCGGUAGAAGUACUCAUGUCAGAAGACACAGCAUAGCUUCUGACAGCGGGGACACUGGCAUCGGAACCUCCUGUUCUGAUAGUGUGGAAGAUCAUUCCACCUCAAGUGGUACUUCUUCAUUUAAGCCCAGCCGUUCACUGGUCUCAAUUCCCACUGCCCAUGUGAUGCCGUCUAAUGCCAGCUCUUCGCUUUCCAAACAUAGGGAACUUCUCAAAACUGACAGUUCAAAAUGGAAUACAAGUCUUUUGAGGUCUGCUGGAAGUAGGCAUCAGGGCAUGCUGGACAGUUCUCUUGACAUGAAGGACUUAAGGCCUGUAAGGAAGUGGUCAUCUUUGUCUAAACUCAGCAUGCCCAUUGCUUGUAAUCCGGAUGGGAGUGUUUACUCAGCAGAGUGCAGGCCCAGCAUGGAUAAAAUGGGAAGAGAUAAGACUGUGUCACCACCAUUAAGAAUAAAUGGAACAAGCUGCUUGCACAAUAGCAUGGAACUACUCAAGAUUGAGGACAAAGAAAUGGGGAAAAAAAGAAAUUCCACCUUGGAGUGCAAAUACAAAUUUGAAAGUUGCAGCAAAGACGACUUGGGUGUUCCUGACCCAUCAAACAGGAGACAUGCCUUAGACAUGACCUAUAGUGCCUUACCUGAAAGCAAGCCUGCUACAUCAAACUGUGAGGUUUUUCGACAAGGAUAUAUAACCUUGGGAUCACAGGCUGUGAGUGGGAUUCCUAUUCAGCCUUCUGAGAGGACCCAGAGGUGGCUUACAGAACAACUACAGACAAAUCCUCCAGACCCUAGGUCUUCUGAGGAGGCGUACGGCUUACCCCCUUGGCAGUUACAGCAACUUGAAGAACUUAGAACGGGAACUGAACAUCCUGUGCAGGUUCUGAGUGGAUCAGCUCAUCAAGAUUACCCAGCUUCAGGCUUUCAGGAAUUCAGUAAUUGGGAAUCCCUGAUGAAAAUCAAAGAAGGAUUGUUGAGGCAGAAAGAGAUUGUGAUUCAUCGGCAGAACCAGCAAAUUAACCUUUUAUAUCAGAGGAUUAGAGACAAUGAAUUGCGAGCUCAGCAAGCAAGACUGGGGCACAUUGUGAACUGUGAAGACUCUUACGUGAAUAGUUUCCAGCAGCCUCAGUAUGAGAACACAGCAAUACAAGCUCAAUUUGCGGAGAGAUCUGUGGUCCAUUGUGAAAGGGAAGAACUGGAACCAAAGCUUGUAGCAGUACAGAGUAAGGAGCUGCAACUUAGUGAGUUCCUCAAACAAGUGGCAAACAGAUCCAAUGAAGACAAAAAGAAAAUGGAAGAGAAGCUCAAAACCAGAGACAGGUACAUAAGCAGCCUGAAAAAGAAAUGCCAAAAAGAAUCGGAGCAAAACAAAGAAAAACAGAGAAGAAUUGAAACACUUGAAAAGUACCUGGCUGACUUGCCAACAUUGGAUGAUGUUGAAAGUCAAAGCAAACAGCUGCAAGUUCUGGAAGAAAAGAACAAGCAGCUGAAAGCUACGACGGCUGAGCUAGAAAAGGCGCUUGAGGAGUCCAGGACACAAUGUAAAGAAAAAGAAUUACAACUGGUCUGUCAGAAGAAGAAAGAAAAAGAAUUGGUAACUGCAGUACAGAGCCUGCAACAGAAAGUAGAAAAAUGCCUGGAAGAUGGUGUCCGUCUUCCGAUGUUGGACACAAAACAACUUCAGAGUGAAAAUGAAAGCCUUAAAGACAAAAAUGAGAAAGCCAGCAAGGUCAUAGACAAUCAACAGAAUCAGAUCACUGAGAUGACUUUAGAGAUUCAGUCUAUGCAAGACAAACUUUUACAAGGGAAACUGACAGUUCAAAAGCUGAAAAGUGAACUUGAAGAAAAAGAUAAGUGUAUACAGCAGUUCCAUAAGACUCUGCUUGAAAACCAAAGAUUUAUGGAAGAAAAUGCCUCUUUGAGGGAACAGAUUCACCAGAUGGAACAGUCCAGGCAGCCAGUGGCUGAAAAACUGCCUGUGGCUGACCAGUUGUUCAAGGAAAUGUCUCACUGUCUGUUUGACUUGAAAGCACUUUGCAGUAUUCUUACCCAUAGAGCUCAGGGCAAGGAGCCUAACCUGUCCUUACUGCUGGGAAUCCGAUCAAUGAGCUGCUCAUCCGAAGAUGAGAACUACCACAGCACAGAAACUCUUUCGAAGAAACUCUCAGAGGUGUGCCAGUUACGAAAAGAUAUUGAUGAGUUGAGGACUAUAAUAUCAGAAUGUUAUGCUCAGGACAUGGGAGAGAAUUGCAUUACACAGUGAUAAAAAGUUUGGUCUCACAGCAACAGUGACUAAGUUAUUAAAUGCUGCUCUGGUGGUUAGUUCCUUGUGUUUCUGUUAAGGAGCCAUACUGGAAGAUGCUCUUUGUGGCCAAGCAGAGGGGUUCAGUCAGUUGUGCAUAGUUCAUGCAGGUGAAGCAGUCAUCCAGUGAAGAGAACAGUACGGGAUACAAGAGCAAUCGGAUACCUUCAAAACUACUGAAUGUAGGUCAAAGCUGUGAAGAAUGUGUUUCUAUUUGGAUCUUGUUUCCUCUCUCUCAUGGCCCAUAUAAAAGUAUCCAAUAUGGUUUUUGGAGUCAAAACUCUGUCUGAGAUACAAGAUCUUAUUGGACAAAGUUGUUGAAGUGCCUGACUACCUGUGGGCAUUAAAACUAUGGACAGUGAUACAGAGGCUCCUACAAAGACUUGUUUGUUACAGACAGGCACCGAGAUGGUUUUUGGCACAUUAGAUAAAGAGAGGCCAACUGCUCUAUAAUGUUUGCCUUCUCAUAAGAUUUUUCCCCUCAGUUAUUGAUCAUUAGUAUUCUUCUCUUGUACAAAACAGAAAAUAAGCUCCCCCAUUUUAGAUAAGGUGUAAGGGCUCAGACUUAGAAUUUAGCCAUCAGCCUCUUCUGAACUAGUGUUCAUUUUGGUUUUGAUCAGUGUUGUGUGUGAUAUGAGUGCAUAAAAGCUUGGAAAAUUAUUAUUAUGAUGAUUAUUAUUAUGAUUAUUAUUAUGACAAACAACCAUUAGAAGGAAGGGCAAGAAUGCAUCUUGGUAGUCGGGCCCAACAUUUUGAAUGUGUUCAUAAGCUCACUCCAGCACACAAGAAGAUUAAAAGCCUAAAAUAAACAUGUUUUCUCUUUAAAGUUUGAAAGCAGCAGUUCUUCUUGGAUACAUUUAGUCAGACUGCUCCAGAACUAAGAAACGAUUGAGCCAAAGUCACUCUGUAAUCCAGACUGGUCUACUUGGUUGCGUUAAACAGUUAUAGCCUCGCUACCAAGCCAGGCUUGCUGUCACUUUAUUCUGACAAUCAGUUAUAUAAAGAAAUUGAAUGCUUUCUUUGAUAAGAGAGAGGAGAAGGUAGAUCUGCUUAUUUGCAGUUACAGCCAGCAGAACAGAAGGUUUUAGAUGGCUGUGUUAAUAGUCAGUGCUCAAAGAAAGAGCUUGUAUUGAAUGAGUUGCCAUUUUUCAUUUUAUAUUAAUAUCUCUCAAGCCAUUUUUAAAAGGUUAUCAAUUUUACUAGGAUUUUUAAAAAAAGAUUUGUUUGAGUUAUGUUUAAAUAUCAUGCGCAUAUGAUUGUAAUUAUUUCAAAAACCAGUUUGUCAUUUUUUCAAGAUAUGACAAGUUUUAUUUAUUUAAAUAAGUGUUGCUUGUUAUACUGUUCAGGCUUUGAGUUGUCAGAUUUUAUUUUAGUAUUUAUCUUAACUACUACUCAGUGUUUUCAAAUGCAGAUUUCUAAGUAUUACAUUUAAGCAGCUGUAUAAGCAUGAAAAUGUACCAUGCUCCAUCCUUACAACAUUAAAACAAAUGGCCUGAACUGUAAAAUACUAACCCUGCAAUCCCAAGUAUAGUUACUAGAAGGUUAGCCCAGUUGAAAUCAGUGUUAAUUCCAACUGAGUGAAUAUACUUCAAUUUAGAACUGAGCUAUUGGUUUUUCUGUUCAGAUGAGGGCUUGAAUGGUCAGAAAUAGUUUUAAUAUAUUUAUUUUCACAGCACAAAACAACUGAAAGUCAGAGAAAGUUCCCCAGUAUGUUGUGCUGUUGAGAGAUAAAGAGUUCUGCAUUGUUUCUAACCAUCUUUUCCCCUUGCAUCUUGAUCCUUCAGUGACAUUAUUGUUUAUGAUAUUUUUGCUAAGAAUUUGGCACUGCAAGUUCACUGUGGAGCCAAGAAUCUUCCAAGGCUUAAAAUAGAACAAGUUUAUGUAAGCAGUAUAGUUCUUGGAUGAAGAAAUGGGAAGCAUUUAUUUUAUUUCUAUAUUGCUUGAAAAGAAUGAGGUUUUUAGGUGCCUGGUUAAACAAGAUAGGCCUCAUUGUUUAGGUCCUUUCCUUUGUCUGCUCAUCACCUUCUUUAUCAUCUGUGCAAGAUAAUUCAGUCAAGAAUUAAGACAGCAAAGGUUUAGAAAGCACUUAGGAAUAAAGGUGUGCUACGUUUUCAAUCAUGAAAAUGUUGAAAGUGAAAGGUUGAAACAGCAGAAGUUUCACAGUUCUACCUUGCUUAUCUUUUUGUAUGUGCUGAUUGUACCCACAUCUUUUCCUAAACUGCAGCUUUGGCGCCAUUAUUUGUAAAAAAUAUGAGCUUCUUCCUGAAAUGACCCCAGACAAUCAGGCUCAUAAAAUUUUUUGAUGCCAAUCAGAUUUGUCUGCAUCAUGAUACCUUAAGCCCAACUGGAGUGUGGGCAGAUCCAUUGUCCCCACUUUGAUAAACUUCCUGGUUAUGUCAUGUAGCCCCUCAUAUUUGGCUGUGUGAUAGUGUCAGUGAGCCAAUGCUUUCUACCCAUACUCUAAAUGAACAUUUCACCAUGUUUUGCAAGUCCCACUGAAAAGCGCCAAAAUGAAAGGAUGUGCACUGAGGGCAGGUUUUUGUUUUGUUUUGUGCAAUAAACGCCUACCUAUUCCAUUUUUUCUAAGUUAUACUUAAGAUUUCUUUGACUUCUUCGAUACUUUAAAACUUACUUAGUUGCUUUUUAAAAAAGUCUUCCCAUUCUUGAAGUUCUUUCUUCUGCUUCUGCUGUAGUUGAACUAUUCCAACGAUGCAUUUUUGUAGUUGAAGAGUAUGGAUUAUCCAAACUUUUACAAUAUGUAAGGUUUACAUUCUGAUCUAGAAGAAGAGAACUGCACCAGAAACACGAGGAAAAACCUUCUUUGAGAACGUAUUACUUUAACAAUUAUUUCAGUGGGGGAUAAUGGAAUAAUUACCCUUUAUAAUUAUGAUGGAAACAAUUAUUCCGUCAUAAUAGAGUAGUCCAUACAUAAUAGGUGUUAUGUACUCCAUAUGUAAUAGGUAGGUAUUCUUGCAUUGUAGAAUUCUUUUUCAAAAAGCAGCAAGCAUGAAACUUGGUUAGUUGGUUGAAGUAUAAGACUAGUUCUCUACAGCACCUUUUGAAAGCUUUCCUUUUGCUUAUGACAUUGUGACCUGCCAAACUGAAGGCCCCUCAAUCACUUGUUCAGAGAAAGGCAGCUGGAUUCAGUACCUACUGUAUCCCAAGCAAUUGAUUGAUAUUCUUAGAGCUGAAAGUGCCAACCAUCUGUUCAGAGCUACACUUAUGAUCUCAGUCCAGCAAGGGGGACCAUCAGCACAGCAGGCAUGCUAAGUGCAGGGGUGCAACAGCAGCCACCAUUCACAUGCAUGGCUUCCAGUCUAGAAAGAGAUCUGCAUUUUGAAUGAAGAUUCACUUUCUGUUGACUGGUGAAAGAAGGUGGUAGCCAAAGACAGAAAUGGCAUGGGCAGAAUGGAAGUGAGCCAUAAAUAUACAGGGUAACAUCUACAGUUGUCCAUAGUCUGGAGCAGGACUGCUUGCUCCAGAGUAAGGACUCUUGUUCCAGACAAAGGUCAACUGUGGAAUGCUACACAAUUAUUAUUUUUCUUUAGAAUUAUUUUUUUAAAAUAGGCCCUGCUGUUGGUAGCUAAAGAGCCUGUUGGUUUACAAUGGCCUUUACAUGGUUUAAGGUUUAUGUAGGAUGUGCAAGGGUAUUUUCAGCGGAGAUAUAUAUAAAUGUAUGUAUGUAUAUGUAUAUAUGGUCCCAUUCAACACAUUUUAUGAGAAGUGGUUAACUAAUAUUAACAAAGGUAUUACAUAUUAAACUGAUUUAGUCAUGACAACUUCUUGCCACAGCUAUAAGAGACAAUCCCAAGGGCUGAGAAAUAAUUACUAGUGAAUGGAUACUGCACAGUUUUGUCUGUUAGCAAACAAGAAGAAAUAUUUACACAUAAUUUCCAUAUUUCAGGUUGAAUUUCUAUAAUUGUGUAGAUCACAUUUUAUAGUAACUACUGUAAUUCAAGAAUGUAUUUCAAAAGAAGCUUGGAACUUGUUUUUGGAUAUAAUUGGCUAUUGUAUGUCAUACACACACACACACACACACACACACACACACACACGUAUUAAGGUGUGCAAGUUACUUGUUCAGCUGGGCCACUUGUCUAUAAUCCUAUGCACACUUACUUGAAAGUAAGCCCCAAUAUCAGUGCUACAAACUAAAUGUGUUUAGGAUUCAUUGUUAAGUCUUCAGCUUUAGGUGUAUAGGUUUAGAAGCACAGUAAAUGUGUAUUUUGUUCAAAUAGGUUGUCACAGUCACCCACCCAGGCUAGAGACUUUUUUUAUUUUUUACAAAAUUAGCUGUAUAAACCAAAGUUCUUUUUCUCUUGCAGUACUGGAGCUUGCUUUAUUAUUUUCACUUUUCUGGGGGAAAUUGGCAGGAUUUAUUUCUUGUAUGAUUCCCGAGUAAGAGAGAUGGAAGAGCAAGGCAAAGUGUACAUAAAGUUUCACAUGCUUAAAACUUAAGCUGAGCUAAGUUCACUCAGUCACAUACAACCAAAUUUGUCAUUCAACAAUUCCCCUUUAAAUCGAUCUAAGUAUUUGGGGCUAGCUUUCUGUAAGAAAUAGAUUUGACACAAUAUUCUGUAUUUGGAUGAGUCCUUCAUUCAAAAAUUUAAAAAGUUAGUACUUUGGGAAAAGCCAUUGGAUAGUAAAAAUUUGGUAAACAAAUCAAAUAUAAAAAGAGCUUAUUAGCACUAUUAAUUCCAGUGCUGUGCACCUCUGUGCCUUUUAUUUUUGCUUAUGGCUAAAACAACCUGUUGUUUUUUAAAAAGCCAUGAGAAUAUCAAACCGUUGCACUUUGUUUUGUCUGCACAGAGAUGUUUUAGCUUUAGGCUUGUGAGAAACAACUUUCAUAAAUAGAAAUAUUUUCUAAAUGCUGUAGGUCAUCCUAUGAAAAGGCAGCUCGAUCUUUAGUUACUAGUUUUUCUGUAUAUGGAGGACAUGCAGGAUAUUCAAUUGGAAUGUAUUCAUUUUAUGUAUAUUAGCUAUUAGUAUAACAUUGGUAAUCGGGGGGGCAAGGGAAGGGAUAGGGGCUAACUUUAAAAGCACAGAUGAUGUGUACUGGAUCAGUCUCUUAAGACUGGUAGUUUUUCAAAGUUGCGUUCAGUUUUUGAACUGCUCUGAAUACCUCAUGUGUAAAUAGAGUUGUCAUGACUUAAUCGAAAUGCAUCCAGUGUUGUUUUUUAAUUUUCAAAGAGCCACUGGCUGGCUCACCUCUUCAGGCCUGUCAUUCUUGCCUCUUUUUGUAACUUUUUUUUAAAAAGUAGAGUUUACAGCUAGAAUUUUGAAUGCCAAAGUUCUAUUUAUUAAAAUAAUAAAAGUUUUCUUGUCAAUUACUAGUAUUUUUCCACUCAAUUUGUUUGUUUGAUGUUUGGAUUUGUAUCUACAGAGCAAAAAAUAAAUUUUGUUACAAAAACUA